UAGGAAAACCCAACGACGCGCGGAUUGGUGAGAAUCUAAAUCAAACUUGACCACGGGUCUUCCAAAGCAACAUGCAAACAAUCCAGGCCGUCCGUUGCUCCCCAUAUCCCACGGCUCCAAAACUCUAGGGUUAUAGAACGUUCUGGAAUUCUAACGCUCCCAACGCUAUAUAAACCCUCCGAUACCCAGCCUCUCAUCACUUAACAAACCCUAGCAGCCAAUUGUUUUUCAUCCUCUUCUUUUUGAUUUAUUUUCGUUGAUAUAUUCGUCGACGAAAACCUAGAAUAUACAAUGGCCGGCAAAGGAGAGGGACCAGCCAUCGGUAUCGAUCUCGGCACCACCUACUCCUGCGUUGGUGUAUGGCAACACGACCGUGUUGAGAUCAUCGCCAAUGACCAGGGUAACAGAACGACGCCGUCUUAUGUCGCAUUCACAGACACCGAGCGUUUAAUCGGUGAUGCUGCUAAGAACCAGGUCGCCAUGAACCCCAUUAACACCGUAUUCGAUGCUAAGAGGUUGAUUGGUCGUAGAUUUUCUGAUGCGUCUGUCCAGAGUGACAUGAAAUUGUGGCCAUUCAAGGUCACCCCCGGACCUGGUGACAAGCCCAUGAUCGGUGUCUCUUACAAGGGAGAAGACAAGGUCUUCGCCGCUGAGGAGAUCUCCUCCAUGGUCCUUAUCAAGAUGCGUGAGAUUGCUGAGGCUUACCUAGGCAGCACCAUCAAGAACGCCGUGGUCACAGUCCCUGCCUACUUCAACGACUCUCAAAGACAGGCCACCAAGGAUGCCGGUGUCAUUGCUGGAAUCAAUGUCCUCCGUAUCAUCAACGAGCCCACAGCAGCUGCCAUUGCCUAUGGUCUUGACAAGAAGGCCACCAGCGUUGGUGAGAAGAAUGUCUUGAUCUUCGACCUUGGAGGCGGUACUUUUGAUGUGUCUCUUCUCACCAUUGAGGAGGGUAUCUUUGAGGUCAAGGCCACAGCCGGAGACACCCAUUUGGGAGGUGAAGAUUUUGACAACAGAAUGGUGAACCACUUUGUUCAGGAGUUCAAGAGGAAGAACAAGAAGGACAUCAGCGGCAACCCAAGAGCCCUCAGGAGGUUGAGGACUUCAUGUGAAAGGGCGAAGAGAACCCUCUCAUCCACUGCCCAAACCACCAUUGAAAUUGACUCUUUGUAUGAGGGUAUUGAUUUCUACUCCACCAUCACCCGUGCCAGAUUCGAGGAGCUCAACAUGGACCUUUUCAGAAAGUGUAUGGAGCCCGUCGAGAAGUGUUUGAGAGAUGCUAAGAUGGACAAGAGCACAGUCCAUGAUGUCGUGCUUGUUGGUGGAUCAACCAGAAUUCCCAAGGUGCAGCAGCUUCUUCAGGACUUCUUCAACGGCAAGGAGCUUUGCAAGAGCAUCAACCCCGACGAGGCUGUCGCCUAUGGUGCCGCAGUCCAGGCUGCCAUUCUCAGCGGUGAGGGCAACGAGAAGGUCCAGGACCUCCUUCUAUUGGAUGUCACCCCACUAUCUCAAGGUUUGGAAACUGCCGGAGGUGUCAUGACCGUUUUGAUCCCCAGAAACACAACCAUCCCCACCAAGAAGGAACAGGUCUUCUCAACAUACUCCGACAACCAGCCCGGUGUGUUGAUCCAGGUCUAUGAAGGAGAAAGAACCAGAACCAGGGACAACAACUUGCUCGGAAAAUUCGAGCUCUCCGGCAUCCCACCUGCACCCAGAGGCGUUCCCCAAAUCACUGUUUGCUUCGACAUCGAUGCCAACGGUAUUUUGAACGUGUCGGCCGAGGACAAGACCACCGGACAGAAGAACAAGAUCACAAUCACCAACGACAAGGGCAGGCUCUCAAAGGAGGACAUUGAGAAGAUGGUCCAGGAGGCAGAGAAAUAUAAGUCUGAGGAUGAAGAGCACAAGAAGAAGGUUGAAGCCAAGAACGCCUUGGAGAACUAUGCCUACAACAUGAGGAACACCAUCAAGGACGAGAAGAUCGGAGCCAAGUUGCCGCCAGCUGACAAGAAGAAGAUCGAAGACUCGAUCGAAACCGCCAUCCAGUGGCUCGACAGCAACCAGCUCGCAGAGGCCGAUGAGUUCGAAGACAAGAUGAAGGAGUUGGAGAGCAUCUGCAACCCAAUCAUCGCCAAGAUGUACCAGGGUGCUGGUGCUGACGGUGCUGGCCCUGUUGAUGAUGAAGCUCCAGCUGGUGCAAGCGGCCCUGGACCCAAGAUUGAGGAAGUCGACUAAAUUUCUGCUGGGGUUGAAUUUAAUUUCGGAAUUUUAGGUGUUUUUGAACUGAAUAUUUUUAUGUUUUUUUUUCUUCAUAUUUUUGCCUUGGAAGUUAUUUAUCAAGGCCUUUAAGUUUCUUUUUUAAUUUGCGGAACCUAUAGGCACCGUGGUAUUUUUUCCUGGAUCUCUUUGCACCGGGGCCUUGUUAUUUUUUGGAUCUAUUAUAAUUACAAGUUUACUUUUUAGCCAAA